AUGGGAAAAGAGAAGAAAACAACAGAUAACGAGGGUACGAAAAAGGAGGAGAAAUCAAAAGGUAACGAGUUUACGGGAAAGGAGGAAAAAACAACAGAUAAGGAGGGUAUAAUAAAAGGGGAGAAAGCAGCAGCUAACGAUGGUACGGGAAAAGGGGAGAAAACAACAGGUUACGAUGGUACGGGGAAAGGGGAGGAAACAACAGGUAACGAGAGUAAUAGAAAAGGUGAGAAAACAACAGGUAACAAGGGCACGGGAAACGAGGUGAAAACAAAGGGUAACGAGGGUACGGGUAAGGAGGAGAAAACAAAAGGUAACGAGGGUAAUAGAAAAGGGGAAAAAACAACAGGUAACGAAGGUACGGGUAAGGAGGAGAAAUCAACAGGUAACGAGGGUACGGGAAAAGAGGAGAAAACAACAGGUAACGAGGGUAAUAGAAAGCGGGAGAAAACAACAGGUAACGAGGGCACGGGAAAUGAGGUGAAAAUAAAGGGUAACGAGGGUACCAGAAAAGGGGAGAAAACAACAGGUAAGGAGGGUAUGUGGAAAGGGGAGAAAACAACAGGUAACAAGGGUACGGGUUAA